AUGUCGCAAAUCAGCCUAGAUGCCUUCACACCGGCCGAGGUGAUCGAAUUCGUCGGGCGUGCUGGAGUUGCCAAGGGCAAUAUGCGCCUCGACAAAGUCUUCUUCAGUGCAGUGUCGGCGGGGUGUCUGCUUGCCUUCGCCUGUGGAACCGUCCUCAGCACCAACACAACGCCCUGGUUCCAGGAAAACGCCCCGGGGCUCAUCCGCACGAUCAGCGCCUUGGUCUUCCCUUACGGCUUAUGUAUGAUUAUCUUGACGGGGGCCGACCUCUGCACUGGAUCUUUCAUGUUCACCACUGUCGCUGCUCUCCAACGCCGUUUACCGUGGUAUAAGAUGCUGAUCCACUGGGUUGUCACAUUCUUUGGUAACCUGGCUGGGUCACUCUUCGUCGUUGCCAUCAUAUUCGGAUAUGGCAACGUCUUCUCCGCCGAUCCCUUCAAAUCUCAAGUAAUCGCAUUCGCCACGAAAAAGCAAGUCACCCCCGAUUUCCACAUGAUCUUCCUCCGCGGCAUCGGAUGCAACUGGCUCGUCUGCCUCGCCUGCUUUUUCGGCAUCCAAGGCCGUGACCUCACCUCCAAGAUCAUCGGCAUCUGGUGGCCGAUCUUCGCGUUCGUAUCUCUUGGGUUCGAUCACGUCGUCGCCAACAUGACUUUCAUCCCGCUGGCUAUCUGGGUCGGAGCUGAUAAAAUCACGGUUGGUCUGUAUAUCUGGAAAGGAAUCAUUCCGACUUUGAUCGGUAAUAUUCUGGGUGGAGGUUUGUUUUGCGGUGAGUAG